UGGUAGCUGAAGACCAAUAUAGAUCAAUGAUUGUCUGAACUGACUGUGUGGAAAGUUGUGCAAGACUUGACAUGAUGCUGAAUGUGGGUUGCCAUGUACUGAGCUGACCCAACAUAUGUCAGCACAGGGAAGAGAAGCCUGAGAUGCAGCUGUCAAUGCCAGUCCUGCCUGCCAAGAGAUCCUGGAAGUCUGCCCAGUAUAACCUCUUCUUCCCUUGAGACCUUCUAGCAGGCACAGAGUCCUUGGGAGUUGGGGCAGUAAUCCAGGCACAAACCCUCUUUCUGAGGUUUCAGGAUGGUCUUCCUUGUGGUGUCUGUCCACGCCUUGCUGCUCCUGCUUCUGAGCUUUCACUCAGAGGCUGUAGAAGAAUUAAGGGCACGACCCUACAGCACUGUUACCUUACCCUGCUAUUUCUCCUUCGUGGAUGGCACAGAUGACCUUUCCUUCUCUUGGGAGAAGGAGGAUAUCAAGGAGGAAUAUGAGGUGGAAGAUGAUCAGGAAUAUUAUCAAUAUUUUUUAACACUGCAUGAUUUCUAUGAGUUUUCUUCGAAGGUGGUUUACAGUUUUAGCAACAACCAGGAGCGGUUGGAAGAGCAAAGCUCCCAAUACGAGGGGAGAGUCCAGGUAGACUGGAAGGCCAUUUCCCAGGGGAGUCUUUCACUCUUAUUGGAACAUGUGAAUUUUCCUGACCAGGCAAUAUACAAAUGCACAGCUACCAGCUUAAAGGGAAGGGGAGAAAGGAUAAUCAAGCUCCUUGUGGAUGAUGCUGAAGAGCCACAGGUGCAGUUCAGCACAAACAAUGAUAAAAUUGUGGUCCAGUGUAUCUCUGAGGGAUGGUAUCACAUGCCCAAAGUGACAUGGCACAACCGAAAGGAGGAGGAUCUGACCAGCUACUCUACAGUGGAAAUCCUGGAGGAGAAGAAGGAUGGUGCUCACCGAGUGUUGUCCAUUCUGAAAUACCCUGUAAAACUCCAUGAGAUCUACAUCUGCCACAUUAAAGAGGAGGAUGAGCUUAAUCGGCCAGUUAGAGCCAUCCACAAGAUCCCAAAGAGGAGAUACAGUCACAUGUAUGACCACUACUAGAAACCUGCCUGGAGAGAAGUGUCAUCUGCAAAUAGGAGCCACCAUGGCUUUACAUUACACCUGUCUGUCUAAGGAGCAGGGAAAUGAGACAGUCAGGCUUAGCCAGUAAGUAGGGUAGUAAGAGAAGCCUUAAACAGUGGUUUCUUGGGUUGUCAAGGUCCCAGACAAUAUCUUCCAGCUUCUCUUUUGAUCCCACUGCACACAGACUGAAUCUGACUUCACUCCGUUUCUCUGAGUGAAAUACACUAAAGAGCCUUAGAAAACCCCAAAAUAAGAGAGUCACAAAACCAAUGUGUCUAAAAAGUGUCCAUUUGGUACAAUUUUCCCAUAGCUAGAAAAUAUUUAUCAGCAUCUAUCUGUGUAUACACGUCGACGUGUCUAGCUCUGUGUCAGGUUCAAAGUUAACAUCUUGGUCACGAAACAGAAGGCUUAAAAAUGAAUUAGUUGCCUUGAAACAGUACAGAUGGUCUGCAGAACGACACAGCCAGCAUUUGUAUUGGGGUGUGUAACUCCUCAUUUGUAGAAAUGCACAGUGUUGGCAGUAGUGACUGUUAAAACUUUCAGAGGCACAAAACAAGAAGCAAUGGAUGAACACUCACCUUUGUUCACAAGUCCAUUUUUCAAACAUAGCUACUAUAAUAGUGUCUAAAUCCUGUCGCUGGGUACUCAAAGUAGCAUAUAAAUGGCAGUUAGGUACCUAACUGCUGAUUGCAACAUCCAAAUAGGGGAUUUGGGCACUCAAGGUGCAUGCUCAAAAUGGAUGUCAGAGUUCAACCAUUACAAGUAAGGCUGUUUAGCUGCGUAUCAUUAUCUAUGACAUGCCUUUUGCUGACUUGUCUGGGGCUGGGAUGUUCAAAGGAGCAAGGCAUCCAGCUCCCACUGAAUUGCAAUGGGAUUUAAGCACCUAACGACCCGAGGGCAGGUCUAUACUUACAAUGCUACACCGAGGCAGCUGCACCAUUGUAGCACUUGAAUGAAGACACUCUAAGCCGAGAGAUCUCCCAUGGGUGUAGUUAAUGCACUUCAAGAGGCGGCGGUAGCUGCGUCAACAGGAAAAGCUCUCCCGCCAACACAGCACUGUCUACACUGGUGCUUACGUUGGUAUAACUGCAUUGCUCAAGGGUGUGGAUUCUUCACAGCUCUGAGCGAUGUAGUUAUACCAAAGGAAUUCUGUUGUAGAGACCUGGCUUAGACUCCACUGAAAAUCCCAGUCUACAGUCUGGGCCACACUAUAGACCAAUACUGGUGUAACUUCAUCACUCAGGGGUAUGAAAAAAAACAACAACACACCUCUGAGUGAUGUAGGUCUACCAACCUAAUCCCCUGUGUAGACAGCACUAUGUUGGUAGGGGAGCUUUUCCCACCAACAUAGCUACUGCCUCUCAGGGAGGUGGAUUAACUACACUGAUGGGAGAGCGCUCUCCUGUCGGCUUAUAGCAUCUCCAUUAAAGCGUUACAGUGGUGCGCUAAUGCAGUGUUUUAAGUGUAUUUUGUCUAGUUAAUGUCUAAUUUAAAGUAUUCAAUAGUGCUGAUUUUUGGGAUAAGCGAUUGUCAUUUCAAUUUAUAAAAUGCAGUUCAUUAAAAAUCUCCCCUUCCCUGUAUUUAUUCCUACAUUGUGGAACUUGAGAGAUCUCCCCCUUCUUAUAACAGGUUAACAGCAUUAGGGAGAAACUCCCCAGAUUAGAUCUUGUUUUGUGUGUCCUCCACAUCUCUACCUGCCCAUCUGUGUCGCUGCACAUGCAAACCCUAGUCUGUGUUCUUCAGAUUACAGUAGGAGAAGACCUCGUUCCAUUACUUUUAUAGCUGGGAAAGUUCCUGACCUCUUGACAAAAGCCUCUGCCACUACUGGACUUGUGAGGUGAUAACUUUUUUGAAAAUGCUGCAGUGAAACCCGUAAUGCAUAAUGCAUACUUGGGCAACAUGAAUGACAUAAACUCAUUACCUUGGCAGAAAGCCCAUUUAUACCACUAAAGAAUUCGUAGGUAAAUUCCGUUGAAGUUUUUCAACUGAAAAAUAUCAGGGUUUUAAAACAAAAUGGAAACAAUUGUUUCAAGAUGUCAAACCAUAAUGAAAACUUCAGUUUCUUUUUGACUUAAUAGUAUUUGGGUUUCUGGAAACUGAAGAGUUCUGGCUUUCCCAGGUUCAGAAUUGUGAGGUAGGGAAAAAAGUGAAAGUAGGAGAGGGAGGCAGACCCACAUCCCCCACUGGAAAAGUAGGGGGAAGAGAACAUAAAAUAGUUUGAAAGUGAGGGGGUGGGGGGAAGGCACUUUACACUUUUAAAAACCUCCAAAACUAUUUUCCAACUUUUUCCAGUGAAACAUAAAUGGGGAGAGAUGGGGAAACCCCUGAAAAAUCCAGAAAUAAAAAAUGAAGAGCAAAAAUGAAACAUGAAAAAUUUCCUUCCAAAUAGACUUAGUUUAGAAUUUUUCUGGUCAGAAAAUUGAAGGAAAAAAAAACCCAAACAUUUUUUCCAUGAAAUAUGUUGCCACGUUUUCCAGUUACAUAAUUUUUCAAUUGCAGAGUGUUGACCAGCUCUACUUAACACAUUUAUAACAGAGGCAAAGCAGCUCUCCUCUGUCAGUCUCUGAUUUUGUGUUCGCUGUGGCUUGCGGCUCUGUCAUUCUGCGGAAUAUUGCAUUUAAGACAAAAGGAGGAAGUUGAAAGGCCUGGGGGGAAAAAUGAAACAUUUCCACUGUUUUCCUUAUGUGAAAACAGAAACCCUUGUCAAAAGAUGACCUUGAACUGACCCCUCCAGCAAUGGGCUAGAUGGGACUAAGUCUUUGAUUCUGUUUAACACAGUACAAUCUGUAUCAGCUCCAUCCAGAGACUCCCUUCACCAGUAUACCAUAAUACAAAUGUAAGAUGUGUGCACUAGCUGACACCUAUACUCUAUUGCAUGGUCUAAAAUUGAGAGAUCAGUAGAGAAAAUGAUUAAGAUACCAGCAUUGGCUACUCUGCCGUCU